AUGCGGUACAUGAGUGCCGACUACCGAGUGUCCGCCAACCAGCUCGACCCGUGGCAAGUCAGCGGCUCCCACUCCUGGGACUCCAUGCCCUUCCUCGGCUGGCCGGUCAAGAACCAGAAGGACUGCAAUGCAAGCUGGGCGUAUGCGGUGGUGGCGAGUGUGGAAGCAGCAUACGGCAUUGCAUUGAAUCAACAGGCACCGCAGCUGUCAGUGGACUCACUCUUUGCAGCCAUGGGGCUCACUUCUCCAGCAGCCAAAUGCAUGGCAGGGGGCUCUCCUGCCGUGGCCUUUGCAAAGCUUCUCACCCUUCCCCGUGGUGGCCUCACAACAGAUGGCAAGCGGGGUUUUGAGCGCACGCGGUUCAAGGGGUAUGUGGGACUCCUGCUGGCAGUGCAGCGGCAGCCAGUGGUGGUUCAUAUCGAGGCGUCUGCUGCCACGUUCAUCGAAUACGACGGGGAUCCUACCUGCUAUACCGGCAACCUUAACCAUGCUGUACUCAUUGUUGGGUACCUCGUUUCAACAACUAAUGCCCGCCAAAGCCCCAUGGAUGUGCCAUUUUGGAUCAUCCGCAACUCGUGGGGAGUGGAGUGGGGCGACCGGGGCCACAUGCGCAUGGACAUUCAGGGAGCGAAUGGCGUGUGUGGCAUCAACGUGCUGCCUGGCAUCUAUCCCAUUGUCAAGACCAACACCACAACCUCCACCUUGAAUAUCACUGGUGCCAACUGGUGGUGCUCUGAUGUCUUUCCUGCUGUUGGCCUUGCAUUGGCUAGCGUUCCAGUGCAAAGCAUGGGUGACACCUGCUCCUCUAUCACCGCCCAGAUUGGACUCGCAGAAACUGAGCUUGCCUCCCUCAAUCCCGGACUGAACUGCUCCCAGCCCAUUAAGGCGGGCCACUCUCUGUGCCUCGAGCGCAACGCCACCUUCGCCUUCACCGUUCCUCGGUGCUUGCAGUACGGCAUGCUCACAGCACAGGACACGUGCGAGGACCUGUUGCUGCAGGGCAUGGAGUCUAGUGAGGAUGAUUCCGUGGGCCCUUUAAGUGGGGACGCGUCCGUGGGUUCGGGCCCCUGGAUUGAGCUCUACCGCAACAAUCCCGGCCUCAUCUGCCCUCGCACCAUCCAUGCGACCAGCUCCACUGUUUCCAGCGUGACCAGCGUGCAGGUGUGCCUCAAGGCAGAGCACUAG